UAUUUUCCAGACGCCGGAGCCGGAGCGAGGCCGGGGGAGAGAACGCGAGGAGCGCGAGGGGCCUCCGCCGCCAUGGGGGGUCACCCAUCCCCACCGCUCCCCUCCCCCCUCCUCCUCCUCCUCCUCUUCCUCCUCGUCCUCGCCCCCUCCCCAAUUUCCCCCACCGCCGCCCCCCCCGAGGACCUGCUGGUCUCCACCUCCUCCGGCUCCGUCCGCGGCUUCCACGUCGCCGCCGGCCCCUCCUCGCUCGCCGCCGCCUUUCUGGGGAUCCCCUACGCCGAGCCCCCCGUGGGCCCCCUGCGCUUCGCCCCCCCGCGCCCCGCCCGGCCCUGGGGAGGGGUCCUGGACGCCCUCUCCCACCCGCACGCCUGCUUCCAGCCCGUGGACACCAUGUUCCCCGGCUUCGGCGGCUCCGAGAUGUGGAACCCCAACCGCGAGAUGAGCGAGGACUGCCUGUACCUCAACAUCUGGGCGCCGGCGCCGCGCCCCAAAACGCCGGCGCCGGUCCUGGUGUGGAUCUACGGCGGCGGCUUCUACAGCGGCGCCGCCUCGCUGGACGUGUACGACGGGCGGUUCCUGGCCGCGGCCGAGGGCGUGCUGGUGGUCUCCAUGAAUUACCGGGUGGGGGCGCUGGGGUUUUUGGCCUUGCCGGGCCACCCCGAAGCGCCGGGCAACGUCGGGCUGCUGGACCAGCGCCUGGCGCUGCGCUGGGUGCAGGCCAACAUCGCGGCGUUCGGCGGCGACCCCGGCGCGGUGACGCUGUUCGGCGAGAGCGCCGGCGCGGCCUCGGUGGGGCUGCACCUGCUCUCGGGGGGCAGCCGGGGCCUGUUCCGCCGCGCCGUGCUGCAGAGCGGCUCCCCGAACGGCCCCUGGGCCACGGUGGGCGCCGCCGAGGGCCGGCGCCGGGCGGCGCGGCUGGGCCGGCUGGUGGGGUGCGGCGGCGCGGGCGCGGGCGGCGCGGUGACCGACGAGACGGAGCUGCUGUCGUGCCUGCGCGCCGCGCCGCCGCCGCGGCUGGUGGAGCACGAGGCGGCCGUGCUGCCCCAGCAGGGCGUCUUCCGCUUCGCCUUCGUGCCCGUGGUGGACGGCGAGUUCCUGGCCGACGCCCCCGAGGCGCUGCUGGCCGCGCCGGGCCGCGCCGAGGCCGAGGUGCUGCUGGGCGCCGUGCAGGACGAGGGCACCUAUUUCCUGGUGUACGGCGUGCCGGGCUUCGGCAAGGACAACGAGAGCCUGAUCAGCCGCGAGGAGUUCCUGGGCGGCGUGCGGCUCGGCGUGCCCCAGGCCAACGAGCUGGCGGCCGAGGCCGUGGUGCUGCAGUACACCGACUGGCUGGACCAGGACAACCCCGUCAAGAACCGCGAGGCGCUGGACGACAUCGUGGGCGACCACAACGUGGUGUGCCCGCUGAUGCACUUCGCGCAGCGCUGGGCCGAGCGCGGCGGGACGGUCUUCGCGUACCUGUUCGAUCACCGCGCGUCCAACCUGCUGUGGCCGCCGUGGAUGGGCGUGCCGCACGGCUACGAGAUCGAGUUCGUGUUCGGGCAGCCGCUCAACCCCGGGCUCAACUACACGGCCGAGGAGGAGGCGCUGAGCCGGCGCAUCAUGAGAUACUGGGGGAACUUCGCACGCACCGGUGACCCCAACGAGCCGUCGGAGCGCGAGCGGCGCUGGCCGUCCUACACGGCGUCGGGGCAGAGCUACGCCCGGCUCAACGCGCGGCCGCUCGCCGUGGCCCAGGGCCUGCGCGCCCAGGCCUGCGCGUUCUGGACGCGCUUCCUGCCCAAACUGCUCAACGUCACCGGCCCCAUGGAGGAGGCGGAGCGGCAGUGGCGCCUGGAGUUUCACCGCUGGAGCUCGUACAUGAUGCGCUGGAAGAGCCAAUUCGAGCUCUACAGCCGCCAGGAGCGCUGCCAGCCCCUGUAGGGCGCCCCGAAACCGCCCGGGGCACCCCAA